AACGGGUUUCGAUUUCGAGGUCUCCAAAGUUGAUAGCUCUUGAAAAGUGCAAAUUUAAGCUGUUUUUGUAUAGUACCGAACACACACACACAAAACCCCAAGAUGAAGCUGUACAUCGUCGUUGCGCUGGCGUUGAUCGCCGCUGUGGCCGCCCAGGACAAGUACACCACCAAAUACGACGGCAUCGAUCUGGACGAGAUCCUCAAGUCCGACCGGCUGUUCAACAACUACUUCAAGUGCCUGAUGGACCAGGGCCGUUGCACUCCGGACGGCAAGGAGCUGAAGCGGCUGCUGCCCGACGCCCUGAACACCAACUGCUCCAAGUGCAGCGAAAAGCAGAAGCAGGGCACCGAGAAGGUCGUCAACUACCUGAUCGACAACCGACCCUCGCAGUGGAAGACCCUGCAGGAGAAGUACGACCCCGACAACACCUACCGCACCAAGUACCGCGUCGAGGCCAAGAAGUUCGGCAUCACCGUCUAAGACUGAAGGCCCUCCCUCCCCUCGAACUGUGAAUGCGCCUCAAUGAACACAACCUCCCACAAACAAAUCAUUCCUAACCUUAAAACUAUCAAACCCUAUGGUGUCCUCUCUCCUCUUCAACGUCAAGAGUUACGGGCUUUCGACGUUUCGGUUUUGCAACGCUACCCCCCGUAGGGGGUCAACCACCCUCCCUUGCAAGAAGUCCAUUCACCCCAUAAGAAGUCUGCGAUCCGAGAACCAACAACCUCUUCAGGGCUGGGCGUGUGUGAGGCAAGCCAUGCGUGUUGCCGCGUUGACACAGUUACUGGAGGUUUGUUUAUCCGCAAGGCGAUGACUAAGUCCACCGAACCUCACCCCUUGCGCGGAGUGGCUGUUGCCAAACCGACGUUCGAUUGUUGAAACGAGAAUUAUUAAGUAAAGUUUGCUUCUAUUUGCUGAAGCGUGAGUUUAUCUGAGAGCAUUUUUUUGCGAAAUGGGUGGUGUUUCCUGUAGACUAUUAUUUGUUUAAGAAAAUAAAAAAAAAUCCUGAAAUAAAAAUCCCUUUUAUGAAA